AUAAGAUUGAGGUACAGUAUAUCAUAAUUCGCAAAAAGCAAAUGCUACGUCAUCGGAAUAUUUGUAACAUUAAAGGUAAAAUCAGAUGGGUCGUUACCGGUAUUAUUCCCACUGACACUGACGGAAGAUUCCUACAAUGCAUGGUACAAUGCGAUUGUGGCUAUUGGUCAAUGUUCUGACUUGCUGCUAUGCUGUCAAUGUCUCCUCGUUGUUCGGAUUGGACCCUACGGCACCAAAAUCCCUCUGUAUGGACCUCGUCUUCAUGGUAGAUACCUCAUGCAGCGUUGCCGAUGAAGAUUUUCCAAAGAUGCAGAAAUUUAUGACAGAUAUGGUAGAUGGAAUUGAAGAACUUAGUCCUUUAACAACAAGGAUUGGAGUUGGUAUGUUUGACGAAGGGGCAAGAGUUGUAAUUCCGAUUGAUGAAUACACAGAUAAACAGCAACUGAAAAACGCCAUUACCUCUGCUAGCUUCAAUGACGUUGGUUGUCGCACUAAUACGGAUGUAGCUCUCCAAAUGGUUAGAGAGGAUCCUGCUCUACUUGGCGGUGAGAAAGUCGAAGGCAGGGCCCGGAUCAUGGUUAUGAUUACAGAUGGUGUACCGUACUAUAAAAAGAGAGAGAAAUCAGAAGAGCAAGCAAUAGCCGACACUAUUUCCCAAGCCACACUGAAUAAGGAUGAUGGGAUCACUGGUAUAGUUGUGAUGGUGCGAAACAGUAAUGGUCAAAUUAUCCCAGAAGACAAGCAUUACAUAUUUGAUGCAAUCGCUAGUGAACCGCUAAAUCAGCAUAAGUUUGCCAUUGAUGACCUUGCAGAAGGAGUUAAGAUUGUCUUCAAAACAUUGGCCCGUCAUAAAUGUCCAUACACCUGCUCUAAAAAAUUGGACAUUGUGUUUGCGCUGGACAGAAGCAAUAGUAUCAGUCCUGAGAACAUUAACAAGACAAAAACAUUCUUCAAAAAGCUUGCCGACUCUUUCACCCUUGGUCCGGAUCAUGCAUGCAUCGCAAUGAUUAGUUACAACCACGAUGUGUAUCGCCAUUUCAAACUUGACGAGUCAAACAAUGCCAACAUCGAUAAGCUAAUUGGUGAUGUUCCUGAGAAUAAUGAUAAGUUCACUGAAACAUAUAGAGCUUUAAAAAUAGCAAGACAAGAUAUUCUUGGCCGUUCGAGUCGUGCCGAUGCAACUAAAGUUACUGUGGUCGGCACCGAUGGUGUAACCUGGGUAAAAGGUAACAGUGCAGCAUCUCUGCCAAAUCGAAGAAACCCAACGAUUGCAGAAGGAUAUUACUACUCCCGGGCAAGGUUCAAUUUAGUCCUCAUAGGAGUGCCAAACGGAAAUGGAAAAUAUGGUUAUGAAGAAUGGCGUCAAACGGCAACAGAUCCUGAUUUUGAUCCGAAUAACUCAGAAUCUUCUCCUGAUGACAAUAUUUUCAACCUUCAAGAUGGAAGUUCAUUUGAUGAUCUCAUCUCUAUUGCUCCUUAUAUUGCUGAACAAAUAUGUUCAUUAGCCCCCUAA